AUGAAAAAUAUAUAUAAUUUAAUAUUAGCAGGAUGUCGUAAGUAUAAAUCCGAUCAUUUAUUUAUUGCUAGAGGUGAUAAAAUAUUUAGCAGGGGGAAAUGUUCAUGGAUGAACAUGAACAAGCCGGUGUGUUACUCGCUGUGUGCGUACUAUUUAUAUAAGUUAAAAAAUAUAAAAGUAAAAGAAAAUUAUUUAUCAAAGAGCAAAAUUUACAAUGUUUUUGUAGUGAAUAAUUGUAACGGUUUUAGGAAAAGUUUGGAGAACAAUACAUUUAAAUUACAAAAUCGUAAUUAUUCUUCUACUAAUAAUAAGGUCUACGUUAAAGGGGAAAUUUAUGAUAUAAUUCCUACCUUAUGUAGGAAAAAAGAAAGUAAAAGUAUAUCAUCAAAUAUUAUAUUUUUUAUUUUAAAACUACUAAAUUCCAAGAAUGUAGCCACAGUAGAGGAAUAUAAAGAGAAUAUCAAAAAAAUUUAUUUUAAUUUGAUAAAAUGCUAUCAUAAAAUUUUUGAAAAUAACAAUGGAAAUGUAGAAUACAUUUUUUCUAUUUUUAAUGACGAUAUUAUAAAAAAUGUUAGUCCUUCCUUAAGGAAAAAAAAAAGAAAUAUGAUACAAGAAAUAGUAUUAAAUAGCUUAGACUUUUUUUUCAAAAAUAAUGAUAAUCUUAAGGAUAAGUUGGACAUAAAUUUGUUAUGUGAAAAUAUUAAAUAUAAAAAAUUCCUUUAUAUAUUAAAGUGUAUAAGUUAUGAUAAAGAGAAAUUAAAAGAAAAUAUUAACGUACAAAAUGUUGAUUAUUUAUUUUGUCGUUUUUUAAAUGACAGAAUAUACUUUACUAGUGCUAUUGAAUUGUCUUCUUUAUUUGUUUGUGAGGAGCAUAUGACUAUUGUUACACCAUUUAAAGAUAACUCAGCAUUUAAUUGUUUAAUUAUAUUGAAAUAUAUAUUACAAAUUCAGUCUAAAAAUUCCCUUUUUAUGUUUCUGGACAUAAUGAAGUAUAAUCAUUUAAAGAGGGGCAUUUUUUGCUAUUUAUUCUCCGUAAAUCGGCUCACAGGGCUUUUAUUAAACUACUGGGGGAGUUUAGCAGCGAAGGAAUAUUUGCUACUGAAUCAAGGAAGAGAAAUGGAAAAAGUAAAAAAAAUCGAAAUUUGUAAUGAUGAGGAGAUCAAUUUUAAGAAUGGGAAAUGUACAAACCAUAUAGAGGGUCCCAGAAAUAAUAUAUGCAAGGAAUAUUAUGAUUUACCAGAAGAGAUGAAAAAAAAUAUUUCUAUCCUAAACAACAUUGAAGAUUUGAAAAAAAUGGUAGUAGAAAUAGAGAAAAAUCAAAAAGAAUAUUGGGUUAAUAAUAUAUAUAAUAAUGAUGAUGUGUACAAUGUUGAAUCGAAUAAUAAUAUAAUAACUGUAGAUGAUAUUAAUAACCAUUUGAGAAGAAAAAAAAAGAGGUAUUAUAUUGCUAUUGAUGUAGAAUGGAAUAGAAAUCAAAAGGUUAGUAUUAUUUCCAUUGCGACGAAUAACAGAAUUUAUAUAAUCGAUUUACUAAACAUUGAUUAUAAUUAUGUAUCCCUAGUAUAUUCCUUUUUCAAAUGGUUAUUAGAAAAUCCUUUUAUUUACAAAUUAUUUUACAAUUUCUCUUGUGAUAUGAAAAUUUUACUUUCCUUUUUUCAAAACACAUCAAAUGGAACAUAUUUUGUAAAUGUAAUAGACCUUAAAGAUCCUUUCCUUGUGUACAAAAAUGAUGGCAAUAAUUUAAGGAUCGACAAUAAUGUAAUGAAUUUUGAACUAUUAAAUAGAAAUAUACUUGAAAAUAGUAAUGUUCUGUUAUUUAAAAAAGUAAUAAAUAAUAACCCAUGUGAACUUAACAAGGAAAUAAGACACAAUAUAAGCUACUUAGAAAGUGAUAUAAUAACAAAUUCGUGUAAAUAUACAAAUAAGAUUUAUUUUAAAAGUUUAAGUGAUUUAUGCAAAAAAGUUUUGCAGAAAAAAUUAAAUAAACAGUUACAGUUAUCUAAUUGGAAAAAAAGACCGCUAACACGAGAUCAAAUAGAAUAUGCUGGUAUUGACUCUUAUGUACUUAUAAAAAUAGAAGAGCAAUUGGUAGAAAAUAAUUAUAUUUCUAUCUGCUUGUCGAAUAGCAGUUGUUUAAUCAAUACAUUCAUUCAGAAGUACAAAUUUAAAUUAUGCUCUUGGGAAUAG